GUAAGCGUCUGUGUGUGAAUGUGUUGCAAGGAGAAUCGCCGCCUGCGAAUUGUUUAUGUUUAAUUUGAGACGAAAAGAGAGUGGUUAAAUUGCAGCACUAGAUUUACCGUUAGGGCGAGAGUAAACACAUUCAACAUGUUGUUGCAGUUACUAAACUAAAACAAAAGCAAAUCGGAUCACUCUCUCUUGCGCUCUCGCUCUCCCCGUCUCGCUCACUCCCUCAGAUUUAAGUGUACCCGAGUGUUUUUGCCGUGUUUUGUUUUGAUUUUCGCACACACACAAAGACACUAAUGGGAGAGGGAGAGAGAGUAUCUUGCUAGUUGUUAUUGCAUUGGCCAUCUAAUAAAAUUGUGCCGUACUUGUUGUUGUUGCAGUCGGAUUAAAAGUCAACGCAAUUAUCAGUGCUAAAUAGAAGGAAAAUACAAAUAAAAGGAACCAAAUCAAAAUCAAAUUGGAUUAUCGCCCCAGCUUCUGGGACUUGCCACAGGAUGUUGACUCGGCCUUCCCGUGGCUGCUUUUACCUGCCCCAGCAGCGAUACUCCUCACACCUCGCCGCGUAGAAUAGGCAUUUCCGGUCUUGCAGCGCGGAAACAGCAGCAAUCACAAGCGCUGUCAGCAACACCAGUCGAUAUCAGAUAUAGACAACCGAUAUACACACAUACAUAUCGGUAUAUUCGCUGCCGCUGUCGCCGCCUUGUUCUUCGCGAUUUCGUCGCCGUCAGCGUUCGCCGCCGACUGAGACGAAAGCUGCGAAGCAACGAGCGCCAGCGAAAGCCUCACCACGGACGCAUUUAUGGAUGCGGGCGGCCUGCCAGUUUUCCAGAGCGCCAGCCAAGCAGCCGCCGUCGCCCAGCAGCAGCAGCAGCAGCAACAACAGCAGCAGCAACAGCAGCAGCAGCAACAUCUGAAUCUCCAGUUGCACCAGCAGCACUUGGGCCUCCAUCUGCAACUGCAGCAGCAGCAGCACAAUGCCCAGGCUCAGCAGCAGCAGAUCCAAGUGCAACAGCAGCAGCAACAACAGCAGCAGCAGCAGCAGCAACACUCGCCCUACAAUGCCAACCUGGGAGCAACAGGCGGAAUUGCUGGAAUCACUGGCGGCAACGGAGCUGGCGGCCCUGCGAAUCCAGGAGCGGUUUCCUCCGCAGCGGGCGACUCUAUGCCCGCCAAGCGGCUGCCGGUGGUCGACCGCCUGCGCCGCCGAAUGGAGAACUACCGCCGGCGGCAGACGGACUGCGUGCCGCGGUACGAGCAGGCCUUUAGCACGGUGUGCGAGCAACAGAACCAGGAGACCACCGCCCUGCAGAAGCGCUUCCUCGAGAGCAAGAACAAGCGGGCGGCCAAGAAGACAGACAAGAAGCUGCCCGACCCCUCGCAGCAGCAGCAGCAACACCAGCAGCAGCAGCACCAGCAGCAGCAACACCAGCAGCAUCAGCAACACCAGCAGGCCCAGACGAUGUUAGCCGGACAGCUGCAGAGCAGUGUUCAUGUGCAACAAAAAUUCCUUAAACGACCUGCGGAGGAUGUUGACAAUGGCGCUGACAACAAUGAACCGCCGCACAAGUUGCCCAACAACAAUAACAACAGCAAUAGCUACAACAACAACGGCAAUUCGAAUGCGAACAACGGCGGCAACAGCAACAACAACAAUGGCUCCAAUACCGGCAAUGGCAAUGGCAACAACCCGAACCACAACAACAACAGCAGCAACAACAAUGGCAACGGCCCCAACAACAACAACAACAAUAACAACAAUGGCGGCAACAGCAACAACAACGGCUCAGAGAAUCUAACAAAGUUCUCGGUGGAAAUCGUACAGCAACUGGAGUUCACCACAUCGGCGGCCAAUUCGCAGCCGCAGCAGAUCAGCACGAAUGUCACUGUGAAGGCGCUGACCAACACAUCGGUGAAGAGCGAACCAGGUGUGGGCGGCGGCGGCGGCGGUGGCGGAGGGGGCGGCGGUGGCGGCGGCAGCGGCAGUGGCAACAACAACGGCGGUCCUGGCAACAACGGUAACGGCAACGGCAACAACAACCCAGGCGAUCAUCAGCAGCAGCAGCAGCAACAAGGCGGCGGACUGGGAGGCCUCGGCAAUAAUGGAAGGGGCGGGGGACCCGGCGGCAUGGCCACGGGUCCCGGGGGCGUGGCCGGUGGGCUUGGCGGCAUGGGUAUGCCACCCAACAUGAUGUCCGCCCAGCAGAAGUCGGCCCUGGGCAACCUAGCCAACUUGGUGGAGUGCAAACGGGAACCGGAUCACGAUUUCCCCGAUCUCGGAUCGCUCGACAAGGAUGUGGGUGGUGGGCAGUUCCCCAACUUUCCCGAUCUGCUGGGCGACGACAACUCGGAGAACAACGACACCUUCAAGGAUCUCAUCAGCAACCUGCAGGACUUCAAUCCGAGCUUCCUCGACGGCUUCGAUGAGAAACCGCUGCUGGACAUCAAAACGGAGGACGGCAUCAAGGUGGAGCCCCCGAAUGCCCAGGAUCUGAUCAACAGCCUGAAUGUGAAGUCCGAGGGUGGACUGGGCCAUGGCUUCGGUGGCUUCGGCCUGGGUCUGGACAACCCGGGCAUGAAGAUGCGUGGUGGCAACCCUGGCGGCAACCCAGGUGGCUUCCCCAACGGUCCGAAUGGCGGCGGCGCUGCUCCCAACUCGGGUGGCAAUGGUGGCAACUCUGGUAAUCUCAUGUCCGAACAUCCGCUGGCCGCCCAGACACUCAAGCAAAUGGCCGAGCAGCACCAGCACAAGAACGCCAUGGGCGGCAUGGGCGGAUUCCCCCGCCCCCCGCACGGCAUGAACCCGCAGCAGCAGCAGCAGCAACAGCAGCAGCAGGCGCAGCAGCAACACGGCCAGAUGAUGGGACAGGGACAACCGGGUCGGUACAACGACUACGGAGGUGGCUUCCCCAACGACUUUGGCCUGGGUCCCAACGGGCCGCAGCAGCAGCAGCAGCAGGCGCAGCAGCAACAGCAGCAGCAGCCGCAGCAGCAACACCUGCCGCCGCAGUUCCACCAGAAGGGUCCUGGCCCGGGGGCCGGCAUGAAUGUGCAGCAGAACUUCCUGGACAUCAAGCAGGAGCUCUUCUACUCAUCUCAAAACGAUUUCGAUCUCAAGCGCCUGCAGCAGCAGCAGGCCAUGCAACAGCAACAGGCGCAGCAGCAGCAACAGCAACACCACCAGCAGCAACAGCAGCAGCAGCAGCCCAAAAUGGGAGGCGUGCCGAACUUCAGCAAGCAGCAGCAGCAGCAACAGGUGCCGCAGCAACAGCAGCAGCAGCUGCAGCAGCAGCAGCAGUACUCGCCGUUCAGCAACCAGAACGCGAAUGCGGCGGCCAACUUCCUGAACUGCCCGCCGAGGGGAGGGCCGAAUGGCAACCCGCAGCAGCAGCAGCAGCCGGGCAAUCUGGCGCAGCAGCAGCAGCCUGGCGGUGGACCGCAGCAGCAGCAGCAGCGCGGAAAUGCCGGCAACGGGCAGCAGAAUAAUCCGAAUGCCGGGCCCGGCGGCAAUGCCUCCAAUGCACCGCAGCAGCAGCAGUCGACGACCACAACGCUGCAGAUGAAGCAGACGCAGCAGUUGCACAUUAGCCAACAGGGCGGCGGAGCCCAUGGCAUUCAGGUGUCCGCUGGUCAGCAUCUGCAUCUGAGUGGCGACAUGAAGAGCAACGUCUCGGUGGCCGCCCAGCAAGGAGUCUUCUUCAGCCAGCAGCAGGCGCAGCAGCAGCAGCAGCAGCAACCCGGCGGCAGCAACGGACCCAAUCCGCAGCAGCAGCAGCAACAGCCGCAUGGCGGCAACGCUGGCGGCGGAGUGGGCGUUGGUGUGGGCGUGGGAGUGGGCGUGGGCGUGGGCGUUGGCAAUGGCGGUCCCAAUCCCGGACAGCAGCAGCAGCAACCAAAUCAAAACAUGAGCAAUGCAAAUGUUCCCUCCGAUGGCUUCUCGCUCUCGCAGAGUCAGAGCAUGAACUUCAGCCAGCAGCAGCAGGCGGCGGCGGCGGCGGCAGCAGCGGCGGCGGCGCAGCAGCAACAGGCGGCCGCCCAGCAGCAGCAGGUUCCGCCGAACAUGCGCCAGCGUCAGACGCAAGUGCAGGCAGCGGCUGCGGCGGCGGCGGCGGCAGCGGCGCAGGCGCAGGCGGCGGCCAAUGCGGGCGGCGGUCCGAACGUGCCGCUCAUGCAGCAGCCGCAGGUCGGAGUGGGCGUUGGCGUUGGCGUCGUUGGAGUGGGCGUUGGCAAUGGAGUGGGCGUGGUGGGCGGAGCCGGCAACGGCGGUCCCAACAACGGUGCAAUGAAUCAGAUGGGCGGGCCCAUGGGCGGCAUGCCGGGCAUGCAGAUGGGCGGACCCAUGAACCCGAUGCAGAUGAAUCCCAACGGAGGCGGUCCCUCCGCCCAGCAGAUGAUGAUGGGCGGCGGUGGAGGGGGACCGGGCCAGGUUCCGGGUGGGGGACCCGGACCCAAUCCCAACCAGGCCAAGUUCCUGCAGCAGCAGCAGAUGAUGCGCGCCCAGGCGAUGCAGCAGCAGCAGCAGCACAUGUCCGGCGCCCGUCCGCCGCCGCCGGAGUACAAUGCCACCAAGGCGCAGCUGAUGCAGGCCCAGAUGAUGCAGCAGACGGUGGGCGGCGGCGGCGUGGGCGUGGGCGUCGGCGGUGUCGGCGUGGGCGUAGGCGUGGGAGGCGUCGGUGGGGCCAACGGCGGUCGCUUCCCGAACAGCGCUGCCCAGGCGGCGGCCAUGCGGCGCAUGACCCAGCAGCCCAUCCCGCCGUCCGGUCCGAUGAUGCGGCCGCAGCACGCGAUGUACAUGCAGCAGCAUGGCGGAGCGGGCGGCGGUCCGAGGAGCGGCAUGGGCGUGCCCUACGGCGGCGGAGCGGGCGGACCGAUGGGCGGACCGCAGCAGCAGCAGCGACCGCCGAAUGUCCAGGUCACGCCGGAUGGCAUGCCCAUGGGCUCGCAGCAGGAGUGGCGGCACAUGAUGAUGUCGCAGCAGCAGACGCAGAUGGGCUUCGGCGGACCAGGACCUGGCGGACCCAUGCGGCAGGGACCAGGAGGAUUCAAUGGAGGCAACUUCAUGCCCAAUGGUGCACCCAAUGGAGCGGCGGGCAACGGACCCAAUGCCGGUGGCAUGAUGGCCGGCCCGAAUGUGCCGCAAAUGCAGCUGACCCCCGCCCAGAUGCAGCAGCAACUGAUGCGGCAGCAGCAGCAACAGCAACAGCAGCAGCAGCAGCAACACAUGGGCCCCGGCGGCGGCAACAACAUGCAGAUGCAGCAGCUGCUGCAGCAGCAGCAGUCCGGCGGCGGGGGCAACAUGAUGGCCAGCCAAAUGCAGAUGACCAGCAUGCACAUGAGCCAGACGCAGCAGCAGAUCACCAUGCAGCAGCAGCAGCAGUUCGUGCAGAGCACCACCACCACCACGCACCAGCAGCAGCAGAUGAUGCAGAUGCAGGGUCCAGGCGGCGGCGGCGUUGGCGUUGGCGGUGGAGUGCCGGGAUCGGCCAGCAACAACAACGGCGGCGGCGGCGGCGGAGGCGGCGGGCCAGCGGGUGGAGGCAAUGCAUCCUCGACCAUUGCCAGUGCCAGCUCGAUUAGCCAGACGAUCAACUCGGUGGUGGCCAACUCGAAUGAUUUCGGUCUCGAAUUCUUGGACAACCUGCCCGUGGACAGCAACUUCUCCACGCAGGAUCUGAUCAACUCCCUCGACAACGACAAUUUCAACCUGCAGGACUUCAACAUGCCGUAAAGGAAUGUUGUCGGGAAGCACUCAAAAGGAUCACCAACAACCACAACCACCACCUCCAGCCAGCACCAAACACAACCACAACCACCACCACCACCACCACCACCUCCAUAAUAACCACCACGAUGUUGCCUCAGUUUUGUUUAGAUUUUUAUUUUGUUGCCUGUUGUUGUUAUUGGCCUGGGCAGCCGAACCCGAACCGCCCUACCGCCUACCGCCCCCCUCAAGGCCCCGCCCCCCUCGUUCCUGCCAACGAAGUUAUUUUGUUUGUUAUUUGUGUGUGAAUUUAUUCCUAAGCUAAGUUCGUCGUUCGUCGUUCGUCAAUGUACUCUAAUUUCGCGGGCUCCACUGUAUUUUAUUGUAUUCUAUUCUAUUGUAUUGUAUGUAUUAUUAGAGCUGUUCCCAAGGUCCAAGGCGUGCGCCCAUUUGGGGCGUGGCAGAGCGGCGAGAGUUCGCAAGACAUUCCAUAUGCACCGGUCGAACUGAGGAAUUAGGGAAAUUCGAAAAGUAUUUGCAAGUACUUUAAAAACAACCGAACAGAUCUAAAAUUCACAUACACCGAUACACACAGACUCGCUGUGUAACUUAAGCACUUGUACUUAAUGCAAAUUUGAAAGUGCCACGCCCAGCGGAUUGCACGCCCCAUUUCGUUUCGAUUACUUAAGCAAAAGAAAAACAAAGCAAAAAACAAAACAGAUGAAAUAAUGGAAGCAAACGCAAAAAGAACCAACAACAAAACAAAAUCGAAAAACAAAACACAAAA